CUCGAACCGCUACUUCGCUUACACUUCUGGGCUCAUCACUUCCUCGUAUCAUCACAACGACUCCCUGGGCGCGCGAUGACUACUCCAACGUGGAUACCUCCAACUCCACCGGACCCCUUUGAGCUACGCAACCCUCCACCGUUCGCACCCUUUCCUUUACUGCACCUCCGCACUGGAAAGGUAAAAUCGGCAUGGAAACCCGGCAUGGAGACCGGCAUUUUUAAGACAGCGCAUACGGCACCAAUAGAGAUAUCGAAGCAAGGCCUGGUCGGAGACGAGCACGCCUACGAAGAGCACCGGCAUCCGGACAAAGCAGUGCACCAUUACUGCGCCGCUCACUAUGAUGCCUGGGCUAGCGAGAUUCCAGAGUCGGCCCAUCUAUUCAGGGGUGGAGCGUUCGGAGAGAAUUUAUUCAGCAGUGAGGUUUCAGAGCGGACCAUGUGUAUUGGAGAUAAGAUCGCGUUGGGCGAUGAAGUGGUAUUGGAGCUGACUGAGCCUCGACUGCCGUGCUACAAGCUCAACCACCGCUUCGAGGUAAAGAACAUGGCUGUGAGGGUGCAGACGUUGCUAAGAUGCGGCUGGCUCUACCGUGUGCUAGUUCCGGGAACGGUGAGGCCGGGAGAUAUGGUGAAGUUGCUUGAGCGCCCUUCUCCGGAGUGGACGGUAGCGAGGGUCAUGUACUAUCUCUUCAUCGAGAGGGCCAACCUGGAAAUGAAUAGAGAGAUUGUCAAGUUGCCCGGCCUCGGCGAGGCCAUCGUCGACAAGUUUUCCAAGCGCAUCGCCAAAGGGGAAGCCGAGGACGAGUUGGAGCGGCAAUUUGGAGGAGAGCCUGAGAAGAUGGAUACAUGGUCCUCCUACCAGAUUGUCUCAAAACAUCGCGAGUCUUCCACCGUCAUGUCCAUCACCCUUGAAACCGUAGAAACCAUACCUGAGGAUAACACCUACACCAUCGAGCCGGGAAGUCACAUCCGCGUCAAGCUCGGAGGCAAGCUCGUCCGCGCAUACUCUAUCGUUAAGGGCACAAACGCUUGUUUCACGCUCGGCGUCGCGCUCGACCCGGAAAGUCGAGGAGGAUCGUAUUUCCUGCACCACGAUGCAAACGUCGGCGACGUGCUGACUGUGAGCCGCAUUGCGUGCACAUUCCCGCUCGCUCUUAACGCCGAUAAGCACAUUCUCAUCGCGGGCGGUAUUGGUAUAACGGCUUUUGUCGCUGCGAUAAAGCACCUGGAGACUACUUCGCAAGCGUGGGAAUUGCACUUCGCCGUCGCUGACGCGGUUCCUUUCUUGAAGGAGAUCGAAGGCAUGGUGGGAAUCGGAACAAAUAAAGUGAGAAUCUACCGCAAAUCCCAGGGAAAGCGCAUGGAUCUGUCUUCCAUCGUCGCACGCGCAGACACAAACACACACAUCUAUACUUGCGGACCAGAGCGCCUCAUGGACGCCGUCGUGUCCACAGCGAAGAUGUACGGUGUUCCCGAUACCUCGGUGCAUCUAGAAGCGUUUGUGGUGUCGACGUCUGGGGACCCUUUUACCGUGGACUUGAAACAGAGUGGGAAGACGGUCGAGGUGGGCGCCACGGAGACCUUGCUAGAUGCGCUGAGAAAGGUGGGCCUGGAUGUCGCGAGUAGUUGCGAAGUUGGAAACUGCGGAACGUGUAGAGUGGAGGUUUGUGGGGGGCGUGUGGAGCAUAAGGGAACAGGAUUAGAUGUGGCGGAGAAGGAAGAUGGGGGGAUGUUGAGUUGUGUCAGUCGCGGGAUCGGGAGAAUCGCACUGGACUUGUGA